GCAGGCCUUGGGAAACUGUUCAGCCCAAUUGCUGCAUAGAUCUGGUUGGGGUUUUCCAGCUGGGACUAUGCAGAAGUUUAGUCAAGAUUCCAAACUAACAAAUUUGCAAUAGAACAAAAUCCACAAACCAUUUUUUAGGGGAGGCGGCAGGGGAGAUCCAAUUCUGUUUUUCCAUACAAGUUUGGAGCUAUUUUUCUCCCUCUUUCAUAUCCUUGAAGCCUGAGACAAAUCCAGUUACGAAUCUCGGAGCACGGACAGCAUAGAGCCAGCAAUGGAUCCCUCCGUGAGUAGUUGUAUGCGAAGUCCCCGUCCCACUACCCCACUCUGGGGGUGCCUGCGGAAUGCCCAUUCGGAGUUCAGCACAGCAGCAGGAGUGCAUCAUUACCCACAAGCACCAUUCUCGUUCCAUCAAAAACCAGACUUUGCUGCAUAUUCCGAUUUCUCAGCCUCUUGUUUGGCCACUGCCCCCCACAGCUUCCCCCGAGAGGAACGCAUGUUCGCAGAGCAGCACCCUUCUUUCCAGCAUUCUGACUGGCACUUUGCAGCAUCCGAGGCCAGAAGACGGCUAAAUCCAGGACUGGCCUUGGGUUCUGGGGAGCUAGAAAGCAGCAGCUCAAACCUAGUGGCUGCUGCAGGGGGCAUGAAUGAAGAUUAUGGGGUACCAGGAAACACUACAAAUGAAACUGAGAAAAAGUCAUCCAAAAGGAAAAAGGAAGCCUCAGAAAAUCAGGAUUCCAGUAGAAAGUCAGAAGCCAGCAGCAAAGCACGGAAGGAGAGGACAGCUUUCACCAAGGAGCAGCUGCGGGAAUUAGAAGCUGAAUUUGCUCACCAUAAUUAUUUGACAAGGCUCAGGAGAUAUGAGAUAGCUGUGAAUCUGGACCUCACUGAGAGACAGGUCAAAGUGUGGUUUCAAAACCGAAGGAUGAAGUGGAAACGUGUGAAGGGUGGGCAGCCAGUGUCCCCUCACGAGCAUGACACAGAAGAUAUGGACUCUGCUACCUCCCCGAGCUCUGAAUAGCUCCUCACCAGUAGUAAUGUACUGACAAAUGCAGGAAGAGUUGUCAGAGAACUGAUGCCACACAGUUUAGCAGCAUCUGCAUCAUUAACAGGUGCCCCUCCCUGCUCAAAUCAUCUCAUCCUACUGUGACUCUGGAAGUGGUGCACCUUAACAUGCCUUGGGGGCUGUAAAGGGCACACAGGAAAGUCCAGAGAAGGGUCUGACUGAACUCUUACCACUGCCAUCUGGGCAGUGCCAGUAUUUCUUCAAAAUAAUAACUAAACCCACUGACUAUGAAACAAAUAAAGCUGACUAGAGCUGGAUUUCUAAGAACCAAUAAUGGUCUUCAAGUCCUCAAAAGACACAGUUUAGAGGCUCCAGUUCAGGGUUCGGUGGGGCAGUAAUGUAGCUCCCCAACAUAUAACCUUAUCCAGCAUCUCUCUUUGGUCACUGCUAUUUGUCAAACCAUAAAGGACUUGAGCAUUUCACAGAAGUGCUUUCUUCGUGCAUCACUCCACGAGUAACGAACACUCUGGUCUCCACUGAUGUUUCUUGUGUCAUUCAAACUGAAAAUAUAAAUGGUUAUAAGCAAGUCUGAGGGGCAGUGGGAAUGUCAAACAAAAGUGUGGCCCCCCCAAAUGCUAUAUUGGCCUCCAGCCAUCAGUUUUGGAAGGGAUCAUUCCCACAAGGGUAAGGGCUCCAUUUAGAGCUGAGAUGGCAGGCACCUUGCUGAUAAGCCUGUGUGAAUGAGAUACUGGAGGUUUGUAUAAUUAAUCUUAGUGUAGCUGCUGAAAUCAGAACAUUAAAUCUCACAGGGAAUAUUUUCAUAACCACCGCCACCAAGUAUCAAACUAAGCGUAAUGAGGUCAUGAAUCACCACUGUUCUGCCCUGGACACUGAACUAUAGCUGGUUAUAUCUUCUGAAAGAACAUUGCUCAUUUCUGUUGUGUUUGUCGCACUUCCAGGGCUGGUUCCAGAGUUUUUGUUGCCCCGAGCAGCAAAAA